AUGACAGAUUAAGUCUUUAGAAUUAAGCAAUCAGAGUUUUAAAAUAGGAAAACUUUUAGAUAAAGCAAGUUCAUAAUUAUUGUGGAGCUCCUUUUAAGUUAUGUAGAUUGGCAAACAACUGGAUUUGACCAAUUUCACCUCCGAUAUAAAAAUUAAAUGAUUAAUGUAUAUAUUUCAACAUUAUCCAAAGACGAUAUCAAAUAUCGAUAAUAUUUAUAUUUUGGAUCGUAUAAUCAUUUAACACAUCCUUUGGAAGAUCAAAGCAAGAAGGAGAUAUGUCGAGGGAUUAAAUAUCUUUUGUUAAAUUACCAUAUAGAAAAAUAUUUAACUAUGCAUAAGGAGGAGAGACCUAAUUUAGAAGUACUUAUUAAAGCAUAGAAGGAUCAAUGUAACAGGUUAAUACAUCAUUUAAUAAAAAUUUCUCAAGUAAUUGUAGAUUACAAGAUAAGUAUUAAUGAAAUGCUAUUUUAGAGAAUAUAAAAUAGUUUCAAUGUUUAGAAUAUUUUGUUGAAAUAUAGAUUGUGCUGUCCUUUAUUUCACUUUCUAACAAUUCCUUUCCUUAAUUUACAAUUUUGUUCUAAAUUAUUACAAGGCUAAUAUUUACUAAGAAAUUCCUAUCCCAUAAAUGAGUUGAUGUUUUCAAAAUUAAAAUGUAAAAAUUUAUAAACUACACUUAAAGAAAAACCCUCUUAUACUCCUUCCAAAUUAAGAAUUUUCCUUUAGAAUGCUUAGAAACCCUGCUAGAUAGUAUUAAGUUAAAUAAUUAAUUCGUUGGUUCCUUAAUUAAUUUUAAUGGGUGAUUCAAAAGUAAGAAGUGAACUAACUAAAAUGUAGACAAGGUGA